CCUAUAACCACCACUGCAAGUCUCGAGUCUUGCGCCUUCACAUAUACCUCUCACCCUCUCAGCCAUCUCUCAGGAUCUUCCACUCUUGGUACCUCCGGCAGCUCACUGAUCUCAAGCUCUUCAAGGUAUGAAGAUUUUCAGUUGGGUAGCGAACAAGAUCGGUGGGAAGCAAGAGUCAAGGCGAUCUGCCGGUUCUACCGCGCCAUAUCGCGCUAACGUGUUGGAAUGUCGCAACGAUGAGUUCAGCGAUUGGCCCCAAUCAUUGCUUGCUAUUGGGACAUUUGGGAAUAAGCAGAUCGAGGAAGAAGCACAGAGUUCCUCCGGGAAUGUUAAGACCAUGCAAGAUUCCAUAAAUUUAACAGAGGGGGAAGUGGACGAUAUACGGAAUGGAUUUGAAGUGAUGCUAGAAGGCAAUGAUCAAGCAGAAGUUCAAGGCUCAUAUGAUGAUGCACAUGUAGCUUCACAAAAAAAUGUUGGUGAAGACGACAAUGCGAAGCACAGGGAGCAGUUGAUUAACAAGGAAGUCAUCAUAAGUAAAGCAAGGGAAAUAGUAGGAAAGAAAGGGAAUGCACAAAAGCCGAGAUCGGUUGCUUCACUCCUCAGAUUAUUCGUGUGCAAGGGUGGUUUUACCUCCACGAUUCCAGAACCAAGGAACUCUUUCCCUCAAUCAAGAAUGGAGAAGCUACUCAGGGCAAUACUGCAGAAGAAAAUACACCCACAAAACUCUUCGACACUAGGAACUAGGAGGCAUUUGGACUGGAGGCCAGAUGAGAAAGAAAUCAAUGAAUACCUUGAGGAUGCACUGCGUGACCUUGAUGACGAUGGUGCAAAAUGGGUCAAAACUGAUUCAGACUUUAUUGUGCUUGAAAUGUAAAGUCAGCGAAUAUAUUUGUUCUUUCAGGCCAGGUUCCAAGGGUCUUGGAAAGCUUGGGAGUUUACGGUGUUAUGAUCAAUACAGUAGAAGGAAAUAUUGGAUAUAGUAUGCAAUGAAGCUAUAAUGUAGUGCUCCUCCGUUUCUAGCAUGAACCAGCUGUAAUUUGG